UCAGAGGCAGAAGCUACUCACUGUAAACCUGAAGAGAUUAAAACUUUUAAAAGAAUAAACAAAACUACCGGAUACACUCGAGAAGAAGAAAGGACCAACUUAGAUAGUCUUAAAACUUUUUUUUUUCUUUUUUUCUCUAAAGAAGCAAACCGGAACAAAGGACUCGCCGCUUUAAAGAUUACUUUAAGGAGGGAAAAACAACCUAAACUUCUUGUUUUCCUGCCGUACAAGCUUUAUGUAUUUGGAUUUAAUAUUUCUGUCCCGCCGUCCUACUAUGGUCAUAAUGGAGGUUCCCACCAUCAACUCUGCGUCCGUCCGUGGGUUGUUGGAGGACGACGUCCCGGGCUGCCUGGUGCUGGACUGCCGCUCCUUCCUGUCCUUCAACUCGUCCCACAUAUCGGGCUCCACCAACGUGCGCUUCAGCACCAUAGUGCGCCGGAGAGCCAGGGGUGGCCUGGGACUGGAGCACAUCGUCCCCAACGAGGACACCAGGAACCGGCUCCUGUCCGGGGAGUACCAGUCGGUGGUGUUGCUUGACGACCGCAGUUUGGACUUAAGCCACGCGAAGAAAGACGGGACGUUGAUGCUCGCUGUUUCAGCCCUGUGUCGCGACCCCUGCGGAGCCAAUGUUUUUAUCCUCAAAGGCGGAUUUGACACAUUUUCUACAGAGUACCCAGAGAUGUGUACCAAGCCCUCCCCUCCGCAAGGGCUAAGUUUGCCGCUGAGCUCCGGCCAUCCUGGGAGUGCAGACCCAAGCUGCAGUCCAUGCAAUACUCCUCUAUAUGACCAGGGUGGUCCCGUGGAGAUCCUGCCUUUUCUGUACCUUGGCAGUGCUUAUCAUGCUUCUAGGAAAGACAUGCUGGACAUGCUGGGGAUCACCGCUCUGAUCAACGUCUCUGCCAACUGCCCCAACCACUUCGAGGACUCCUUCCUCUACAAGAGCAUCCCCGUCGAGGACAACCACAAGGCAGACAUCAGCUCCUGGUUCAACGAGGCUAUCGAGUUUAUCGACUCGGUGAGGAAUAAAGGAGGUCGUGUGUUUGUGCACUGUCAAGCAGGCAUCUCCCGCUCCGCCACAAUUUGCCUUGCAUACCUCAUGCGGACCAACCGCGUGAAACUGGACGAGGCCUUUGAGUUUGUCAAGCAGCGUCGCAGCAUCAUCUCCCCCAACUUUAGCUUCAUGGGUCAGCUCCUCCAGUUCGAGUCCCAGGUCUUGGCCUCGUCUACCUGCUCCUCAGAGGCGGGCAGUCCAGCCAUCGGCAACAGCAGCACAGUCUUCAAUUUCCCAGUCUCCAUCCCCGUACACACGUCAGCUGGUCAGCUCUCGUUCCUCCACAGUCCCAUCACCACCUCUCCCAGCUGCUGAGGAAGAUGUGGGGGGGAAGCACAGACUUAGUUUGGACUUGAACUGCAACUCACAAGUGACUCUGCAAAGAGCACUGCACAAAACAUGGUCCUGAUUACAAUUCAUUUUGGGUGAUACUGGUAUCACUGGACAGGAUGGGAGCUAGUGUUUGGGGUCAGUUCGUUUGACUCUGCGUUAUGCUGGCCAGAUCCCUGUAGGUUGGCCUCAUCAUUACAAAGGGAGCUUAAACUACCAUCAGGCAGUAUUCAUGUUUAACCUCCAAAAUGUGAAAGUCAUCCACAGUUUUAAUCCUAGAUGACUUGGGGAAAUGGCUGAAAAGGUAGUUGAGAUUAUUCCUGUCGAGGAAGUUAGAAGUAUCUGAAUAUUCUUUAUUCAAAGGACUGAUUUUUUUUUUUUUUUCAUGAAGGCAACUGCUUUUGAUAAUCAUAAUCAUUUUGUAAGCAAACAAAAUAGAGAGGGCUAACAGUUGUCUCAGGAAUGUUGACUUGGUCCUCUCAAAUGUCCAUUUUGCUUUCUGUACUGGUGAAAGAAAGCAAUAUAUUGCCCAACAUGGCAAGGAUGUUACUCCUUCAUUUGACGAACAAUGAAUGUAUCCCCCCUUCCCUCUUUUCAGUGUAGAUGUGGCAGAAAUCUUCAUGUUCAGUUUGAGAGUUGAAUGGGGUUGCCAAUUCAAAUGCAAAUACCUGCCUUUCAAGACAUCAUGAAACCUUGACGAUCCUGACACAUUGGGGAAACGGACCAUUAAAUACCUCAUGUUUAUGUACUGUGUACUGCAGCGCUGAGACGGACACAACCCCAAAACUACUAAAAUGGGGACACGUAGUCCUCAGUGACUGCAUUCUGACAUAUUUAUUGAACUAAAGUAAUAUAUUUCUUUAUCAUAUCUAUUUUUGCAUAUGUUUGUUUAAAUGUUGUUUUUAUACUGUUUAAUAAAUCUCAUUUGACUUUUGUA